GCUCAAUGCGAUCGAGCGGCAUUUUGUCACAGAGAGCCUCCGGAGUUCCCGCUCCGAAGUGCCGGCGCUUCGCCGCAUGCAGGGCCACCAAGAUCUCGAUCGGCCAGAGCAGGCAGAGAGGGCGGUGAGCCUCUUGAGGCAGCAGGUGCACGCGCAGCAGAAGGACAACAUGUUGACAGACAUGCUCGACCAGGACAAGCAGCUUCGAGAAGCUGGCGCGCCUCCGCCGCGGCGUAAGCAGAAGCAUCUUAAUGUCUUGUACCGCCGAGACGUUGACCUCUGUGGACACUGGCUGUCUGCCCGCUUGCUCCGGGACCGCGAGAGAUCCAAGAGACAGCGUGCCCGGAUCAGGCUGGAGGAAGCAGCGAGGGCCAGGGAGAAGAGAACUCUGUCCCCAGAGCCCGCUUCCAGCCCGCCCGGGUCGCCUGCCGAGGCAGACCCCCAUGCUUCAAGCCAGGCUCCGGCGAGACAGGCGAAACCAGGACCUCCGCAGGUCGAUGCGUCUCCCUCCCCGAGCAGUGACAGCGACGCGGAGACCCUCAGCUGCGACGGCAACGACAAGGGAAGCGCCCCGAGCAGGCGCGAAGAUAAUCGCGCUGCCAAAGCGGCCUCCGACAACGAGGCGAAGGACUGGCACGGGCUCUUCUCGCAGACCACGGACUGCCCCAAGCUGAGGCUCUCCACACACCGGAACCUGAAGCGCAAGCCCCCGACCCAGGCCAGGCGCAGGAAGCGCUCUGACAAGCGGAAGGCAAAGAAACAGGCGAAGGCGGAAGCAAAGAAGGCCGCAAAGACAGCCACUUCCUGA